AUGUGUUUAUCUAAACCCUUCUUCCGUGUAUGCAGACGUACAACCCACGAUGUCAAUACCUUUGACAAGGAUGUACCUGGACCUUUCCAGGGUGAAAUAGGCCAACAUGAGCCCGAAGACGCCUCCAUUGAACCUGAAAGUGGGCAGCCAGUAGCAAUAUCACCAUCCAUUGAAGAAGAAGUCCCGCUGUCACCACCCGUUGAAGAAGAGGUCCCGCUGUCAACACUUUGGGAUGUAGAGUGGGACCGUCAUAUUUAUGAAAUCAGUGGCAGACAAGAUCUUUUUGCAGAAUUGAAGACUUCGCUACUUGGAGGCACUAGCCUCUUUGCAACGCCUCUUGCUGCUCUCAAGGACGAGAUUUGCACUCAGGAUGAUGGAUUUGAUCUUGGAAUCGAGCUGUCGGAUGAAAUCCCUGCCGAGUAUACCCCGACAGUCAAACCGGGGAGCCCAUACUAUCCUUGGCCAUCGAAGGCACACUUCUUAACCUCACUUUUGUUCAGCUCCGCACGUCUACCCUUUUCAGAUGCACAGAAGAAAGCUGCACUCACCUGGGCCAAGGAACUCGGUGCACGCAAUGUCCCAUCUCUCAGGUCCAUCAAGCAAUCGAAUGACUGUAUAUGUGAACUUGUCGGAAAUCCGAUACGCAAAGUUACAUCGGCAUCCGGCAAUAUCUUUUACAUCAAUGAUAUCAGACAUGCGAUUGCGAAGGACUAUGCCAACCCACUCACCCACUUCUCUAUGCUGGAUUAUCCGGAGGAUGGAGGAGCCGGGAUGUCGCAGGUCUGUCAUGGGCAGAAGAUGCUGUUAGAGAUGCCGUCACCUCCAGCAGCUCGUGUUGGUGGUAAAAUAUAUUUUACCAACGAACUUCUGCAGGAAUGCUCGGGAGCCUAUUUUGUUCCUGAGCGAUUUUUCAACGCCUCAUAUGGAUCAUCGAAUCAAAGGGACUCACAAGAUCUACGACAGGAGAAGGAAUUGUAUGCCAUGGGUCAUGCAGUGCAAUAUACAGAUGCUGGUUUCAUUGUCAAUGACAAGCAAGAGGUCAUGCCGGUGUCGAUCUUCAGGCGCUCAUUUGAAGAUAUCAUGGAUGAGCUUGUGUGUGGGGUCACACAUGAGUACACAUUUGAACCAAAAGAUGAUUCUCUGCUUAGCAUGAUCUCAGCAUUGUCUGAGAAAUAUUUGAAGCUCGUACCGCAUCCACUCCAUAAAAAGGCAAAGGGUCGGAUGGUCUAUUCCGUCCCGCUUGUCAUAUUCAUGGAUGACGUCUCUGGAAAUAUCUCGAAACAAUGGAACAAACAUCACGCAAUAUACAUGUCGAACACCAACCUACCUCGGGAGAUGUUAGAGAAAGAAUUUUGCGUUCGAUUUGUAAUGUCGUCCCCACAUGCAGCACCAAUGGAAUUAAUGCAUUCAAUGAGGGAGUCUAUCAGGUCGGACUCAGGGAUCAUUGCGUGGGACUGCAAAUUUGACGAGGAGGUGAUGCUCGUUCCUCAAGGUCUAUUUUUAGCGGGGGACAAUCCGAUGCAGGCUGAGGAAUGCAGCCAUGCUGGGUUGAAUUGUAAUUAUUUUUGCAGGACCUGCCAUGUCGGCGGCACAAAAGAAUAUAAAGAAUCGGAGGUCGGUUAUAACAGUAUUUUUAUGGAAGGAAAUCCCCGAAUGCCUGAAGACAUGAAGUCUCAAGUCUGUCAGCAGUUUGACACAGCGUUAUGCUCAGGAGCUGCCGGGAAGAUUGUGACCACAACAACAUUGACUGGAGUUUGGGACUCUACCUCAUCGUACCUCAUCAAUGCGCUGGUGGAAUUGGGAAAGAAGCUGCAAAAGCGCAAAGCAGGGCAGCUGGCAUCGGCAGAAUCUGUUGUUCGUGCUGCCCUGGAGAAACAGCUCGAGGACAUGUUGCAAGGCAGGACAAUUGAGGAUGCAAUAAACCCCCUUCUGGGAAUGGACAGACUGAACAUUCACAUGGAUACUCCUACGGAGAUCCUUCACACUGUUCUCCUUGGCGUUGUAAAGUAUUUCUGGGGCCAGACCGUUUUCCUCCUUGAGAAAGCUAAGCUGCUCGGUCUCUUUCAGACACGUCUCGACUCAUUGGAACAGGAUGGCUUGAAUGCGCCUCGAGAUACAUGCACAACAUUUAUUUGCAACAACACCAUCAAACAUAUUACUACAGGUGGCUAUUGGUAUGAUGCCAAUGCGGGGGGCUGGGUUCAGGGUGGCCCGCUAGUUGUCGCCCACCUUGAAGGUCAUCCAGAACAUGGCCGGCUGCUUGGGAUUCCCUAUGAAAGUUUAGCUGAUCCAGGUACAGUGACUCACGCAAUUGCAGGAUCUAGGGACGGUCUACAAAGACCAUCUCACUCUCAUUACUACCAGGGGGGUUCCAUUGUGACUAGCGAGCACGAAAAUGUCCAGUUGGGUGGGCACAUUAUUUUUCAAGACAUGGUGGAGAACAAGGAACAUAUCCAAACCGACCGAACGAUGAGCAUCAUGGAACACCAACCCUCACCGGAAUAUUUCCUCAACACAUGGUCCAUCCACAACUAUCAACACAUACACUCUGUUCUCCCAGAAUUCCUUCAUGAGACCCCAUUGCAUGUCAUGGAUCCCAGUGCUGUCCGAAAAACUGCCGUGCAGCAAAUGCAGGGAAAACGGCUGGCAAAAAAGUCUGGAGGAGAGGUAGUGAGCCUGCCCCACGACGAAGAUCGCAGUGUGCAUCCUGCAUUCAAUCAUGCCAAGAAAACAGCCCAAGGCAAAGGCCACGUCCAAGAAACAGUGUAA